AUGGCGACGAUGGCUCUUGGGCUUUCCAAUCGCCAGCACAUGACUGCCAUCCACAACGACAUAACCAGUCAGAUCAGCGAGCUCCGUGAUCAUGCGGCCACCUCGGCAGCUGAUAGUGCUGUUAAGGCGCCUUGGCUCAAUAAAGAGGACGCUGCUGAACUUCGGCAAAUCCACCGAGGUGACAUACAGGCAUAUACAGCGACUGCCGACAAAACCGGACAGAAGAACAAAUUGCCGGCAUGCCUUCACGCGGUAGUUAUGAAUGCGAUACUUGCGAAUCCCACUCCCUGGAAGAAACGGUUGCUGCCUCCUGGAUAUGGCAAAAAUCCCAAACAAUCCCACACCAAAGCUUUCGGCUCUUUGGUCAAUGUGGUGUUGAAAGAAGUACGAAAAGAAUUCGAAGGAAGUCUACUCGAAAACAUUCACCUUCCCAAUCGAACCGGCCCUACUGACGAAGAAGCGGUCCCCACCAUUGAAUCACUUUAUGUCAAACUCAAGGAAAAAGAAGCCGAAAGCAAAGUAGGUCGAGUAGUUGUUCGUGAAGAGAUCGUGGCCAACUUUAAGCAUCAAGAAGAGGCUCGAUUAGCUUACCUGCGCAUGCAAGCCUGUCAUUGGGGCUUUUACAAAUCGGAGUACAGUGAUAAGAGUUUUUGGUGCGUGGUGGAUGACCAAUUGGAGGUCUUACGAAAACAAUCGAGAAGAUAUCGAUAUGCGUUUGCUAUCAUUUGUCUGGCGGAAGAUUAUGAUUUGUUCAAGGGUAAGAAGACUUUAGCAGAACUCCGACCCCUCACCUCCUUCCCAGUUCCCGACGACGAAUGGAUUCGCAAGGUCAUGAGUGAACUUGAUGAAACCUGGGGCGAUGAUGUUCCAGAACUAGAAGCCCUACAUGAAUGA